AACUUCAUACUCAUUCUUACGGAUACAUAAUUUAAUUUGGGUUUUUCAAGUGUUAAGCAAUAUAAUGAAGCUCCUGUUGGGCUUACUGCUGCUGCAAAGCACACUCCAGGGCUUUGCACAAGAGAUCUUUGGAUACUGCACCACGCCAUCCGAACAGACUGGCACUUGCAUUUAUCUAACCCAGUGCAAAUACCUGUAUGAUAUUGUACAGAAACGUGCAAUCUCAGUUAGCGAUCGAGCUUUCCUUUCAAACAGUCAAUGCGGCUUUCGCAAUGGCCAGGUUCUGAUUUGCUGUGCCAAUACUCGCAGACUCGUACAGCAGCCGGUUUGGGGAAAUAAUGUACAAACACGGCCACAACCCCAGCCCCAACCGCAACCUCAACCCACUGCUCCCACAAAACGCUCAAAUUUGCUGCCUCAAGUACCCAACUGCGGUGACAACUUUGGUGAUCGUAUUGUAGGUGGAGUGAAUACGGGCAAAAAAGAAUUCCCCUGGCUAGUGCUAUUAGAAUACACCAAACCCGGAAAUGUUAUUGGACACCAUUGUGGCGGCUCCUUGAUCAACAAUCGCUAUGUUUUGACGGCUGCCCAUUGUGUGUCUGCUAUUCCAACUGAUUGGCGGUUAACUGGGGUGCGGGUAGGAGAGUGGGAUACUACAACCAAUCCGGAUUGCACAACGGAACGUAACGGUAAAAAGGAUUGCAAUGAGCCGUAUGUGGAUAUAAAAGUCGAUGAGCUUAUACCACACCCGCAGUAUCCUGGAAAUUCGAGGGAUCAGCUCCACGAUAUCGCUUUACUGCGUCUGAGAAGCCCAGUCACAUUUUCCGACUAUGCAAGACCAGUUUGCCUGCCUUCAAAGCCGGAGCACAUGAAUAAUAUUUUCCUUGGGCGCAAAAUGAUUGUAUCCGGCUGGGGAAGAACUGAAUAUAAUGCUACCUCGAAUAUUAAACAAAAAGCAGAGGUUGACUCGGUUCCAUUGGCGGACUGCAAUAAACGCUAUUCAACACAGCGACGUACUGUUACUAAUUCGCAGAUCUGUGCUGGCGGAGUGGAGGGCAUAGAUUCAUGCCGCGGCGAUUCUGGAGGGCCCUUGGUUAUGGAGGAGUUUGAGGACGGUCAUGGCAAUUAUUAUUUAACCGGAGUUGUUUCUUAUGGACCUACACCUUGUGGUCUUGCUGGUUGGCCGGGCGUUUAUACACUCGUUUCAGCCUAUAUUGAUUGGAUUGAAAGUACUAUUAAGCCAUAAAAACACUUGUACAACAUGCCGAAACAUAUAAAAAUAAAAAAACAUUUUUGAAUUUCACAUU